UUUUUUGAUUUCGUAUUAUAAUCCUCUUAUAAGAUGUGUCUUAGAAAAUAAUAAAUGAAAAAUAAAAGCUGAGAGGGUAUACGAGCUUUUACUAAAUUGAUUUUCAUACAGUUUUUUUUUCGAUCGAAUCUUUAAAACAUUUUGUUUUUCAAGUGAACUUUUCAAUUAGAAUUAAUAUUUGAUGAGAAUGCAGGAUGGAGAGAGUCGUAAACAUUGUCCACGUCUGAGUGAGACUGAACUUUCCAGUACACUGACUCCAGACGUAGUGGUCAUUCACGUAACCGAGCACGAAGGAGAGAAAUCUGGGUUUAGGAAGUCCUUUUCAGUGGGUCAGUCGUCGUUGGGCUUGUCAUCACCUGCGAUCUCCGCUAGUCGUAUGAACGACGGUGUGGUCGUCCGUGUUGAGGGUUGUGGCGAAAGGGAAGACCACCCACAUUCUAGUAGCUUCUAUUCACCUUCCAAUCUGUCGCUCGUAUCAUUGCACGGUAGUCCUGGAGAAAAGACCCUCCGAAGAAAAAAACGCGCGGAACGAUGUAAGUCUCCAAGUUUGGACGUCGGAGAAAGAAACGUUGACGGAAAAGAAUGUCACGAAAGUAGCGGCCACAAGUCCCGCAGCAGAAGCAGUCACUUUCUUGCUCCUCUGUCUGACGGAAAUGAUCACGGUCGCCGGUAUUCCGUGAAAGUUCCCAACCAACAGAUACCGGUGAAAAGAGACAAGAGGAAGAAUUCUUAUUCUGAAAAUGAAGUCCCUCGGACUGACCGCAGGUCAAGCAGUAGUAGCCGUCGAUCCUCCCGUGUCGAAGACUUAGCUCGUCGAUCUUCUAGAGUCCCGAGUAAAUCCACCAAGAAUUUCGAAGACGAGCAAGACAAAGAAAACAUACAAUUGGAAGAGGGAACGAGACGAAGAAAGAUGGUCAUCAUUGUCAUCUGUUCGGUGUCUCUUUUCAUCUUGAUAACUAGUGUCGUCCUUGUCGCAGUCACGUUGUCUCUAUCUCCAACUAUUGACCAGCUAGUCCGUAAAGAAAACGAAGAGAUCCUUAAGGGUGUUUCGUCUACUUUGUCACCUUCUAUAAAUGGCGCCACUGUCAACAAUACUAUUAAUAUGACGGGACAACCUGGAUGAUUACAUUCCUGUAUUGGUACUUUUACUAGCAGGGACUUUUAAAGACAGUUCAACGAUAUCCAAACUUAAUUCUUAGAAAUAAUAUUUUGGUAAGGAGAAAUCAAGAAAACAUAAACAUAGUCCUUCAAGUUACCAAAAAAUAAUAAAUAAAUAAAUGUGAUAACAAGUUAGGUGCCACAUGAUUGUAAAUAAUGUCCUGAUGGAGUUUGCCAAAACAUAGAAUAAACAAAUAAUAAUUCAAAAGCUU